UAGCAUGCUACUGUCAACGGUCUUAAUUCAAGUGACAGACCACAGUGGUAAAAAACAAACAAUACGAGCGUUACUCGAUAAUGGUUCAACCGCGAGUUACGUUACUGAAAGUUUAUGCGCAAAAUUAAACUUACCUACUUCUUCAGCUCCGACAAUAGUCGACGGAUUAAAUUAUCAAACAUCACGUUUGUCAAAAAGUUGCGACGUACUUAUAUCGUCAUUACUCAAUGAUUAUCAUGAAAAGGUGCCCUGUUUAGUAGCAUCACGUAUAACUCAACCGUUGCCAGUGUCUCGAAUUGACCGUACAACGUUAAACAUACCGCCACACAUUAGGUUGGCAGAUCCCACAUUUGAUGUACCUGCUCCAGUAGACAUGCUACUUGGAUCAGGAAUAUUUUGGUCAGUACUUGGUACUCAUAAAAUUCCAUUAGGUAAAAAUAAACCAACUUUAUGGGAAACCAAAUUGGGUUUCUUAGUUACAGUUUCAUCAGAACAAAACUUACCAUCAAAAUUUAAUACAGUCCAUUGCAACCAUAACAUUAAUUUACACUUACAACAUUAUGAUAAACAAUUAAAUGAUCAAAUUUCUUAAUUCUUUGAAUUAGAAUCAGUAAGCUUCAACGUAUAAUCGCAUACGUUCAUCGGUUUAUUCACAACUGUCGUAACCCGCAAAACAAACACACUGGUUACAUAAAACUUUAUGAACUAAAUUUGUCCUUGAAUUCAAUGUGCAGAUUCGUUCAGCUUGAAAGUUUUAUCUCAGAAUAUGACUUAUUAAAAAACAAAAGGCAAUUGUCUGCCAAUAAUAAAUUGCUACAAUUGAACCCAUUUUAUAACACAAAUGAUAAACUGUUACGAGUAGGUGGCAGGCUCUGUAACUCAUUUUAUGAUUAUGACACUAAACACCCAAUAUUGCUUGAUUCAAAGCAUCAUUUAGCCACUUUAAUAUUUAGACACUAUCAUACUAUGUUUUUACAUGCACCUCCGCAACUAUUACUUGCAAUAUUGCGUCACAAAUUCUGGUUUAUCAAUGGUCGUAACCUGGCGAGAAAAAUCGUUGAAAAUUGCAUUAGAUGUCGUCGUUAUGCAGGCAAGAGCAUUCAACCCAUAAUGGGCAAUCUUCCUUCACCAAGGCUACAUACUGACUAUGUUUUUGCUAAUACCGCGUGUGACUACGCCGGACCAAUCAUGAUACUGAACCGAAGAGGUCGAGGCAGUAGACUGAUAAAGUCGUACCUCUGCAUAUUUGUUUGUCUGGCCGUAAAAGCAGUUCACAUAGAACUUGUCACCGAUUUAAGUAGUAACACUUUCCUCUCAGCACUAGAUCGAUUCAUCGCCCGCAGAGGAAAGCCUCAAAAUAUUUUCUCAGACAAUGGGACUUGCUUCACAGGCGCAUGUAAUGAGUUGUCUAAAUUCUUAAAAUCAAACAGUAACUACAUCAGCUCAAAAGCAUCUAAGUUGUUCAUAAACUUCAAAUUUUCACCAGCAUAUAGUCCACACUUUAAUGGAUUGGCCGAGGGUUCCGUAAAAUCUGUAAAAUACCACCUAAAAAGGGUCUUAGGUUUAGCCCACUUAACAUAUGAAGAUUUAAAUUCAGUUCUCACUUCCAUCGAGGCUACCCUUAAUUCUAGGCCUCUCACCCCAUUAUCAUCCGACCCUUCAGACCUUACAGCACUCACCCCCGCUCACUUCUUAAUCGGACGAACGCUAACGAUGUUGCCUUCUCCUCAGAGCUCUGACCCUGCGGCGAUACCUACUCUCUCACGAUAUAUGAGGAUUCAACAAUUAAAAGCCCAUUUCUGGUCCCGAUAUUAUAUAGAAUAUAUUACAGAGCUCCAGAAACGACAGAAAUGGCGCAAGCAAGGCCAGCAACUCCAAUUAGGAGAGAUGGUGCUGGUGAAAGAUGACCGGCUGCCUCCCAACCGAUGGCUGCUAGGGCGCGUGACGCGCCUCUACCCCGGCUCCGACGGCGUGACCCGCGUCGCCGACGUACACACCACCUCGGGGACUCUUCGACGAACCUUCAACCGACUGUGCCCGCUACCAGUCAUAGACACGAACUUCGUUCCUGAGGCCGCAACAUGUUAACGCCUAGCAUGUGUUUGUGCAAACUAUACAUGAUGCACCACUCACACACGCAUACGCCAAGAAACCUGCCCGAUCGACGCGAGCCUACGGCUUUACCGACAGCGCCGCGUCCUUCACUCGUCCUCAAGCCACCAAAUGGAAUACGUGCUAUUUAACCUAUAAUUUUUUUACACCUUGUAUUUUUCUGGUUAUUAAACCAAUUUUUUAUUGAAAA